UCGCUGUGGAAACGAAGGCUGCCAAUCGGCGCGGCGGCUUCCGCUCCUCCGGGCAGAGGUGCGCUCCCACCAGCUUGAGGGCGGCUGACCGCGAUGCUGAAGGCCAAGAUCCUCUUCGUGGGGCCCUGCGAGAGUGGAAAAACCGUUUUGGCCAACUUCCUGACAGAAUCUUCUGACAUCACCGAAUACAACCCAACCCAAGGAGUGAGGAUCCUGGAAUUUGAGAACCCACACGUGACCAGCAAUGCCAAAGGAACGGGAUGUGAAUUUGAGCUGUGGGAUUGUGGCGGUGAUCCAAAGUUCGAGUCUUGCUGGCCAGCCCUGAUGAAGGACUCUCAUGGGGUGGUGAUCAUCUUCAAUGCCGACCUCCCCAGCCACCUGAAGGAAAUCGAGAUGUGGUAUUCCUGCUUCGUCCAGCAGCAGUUCCUACAGGACGCUCAGUGUCUGUUGAUCGCGCACCACAAACCAGGCUCCGGAAGUGAUAAAGGACACCUGACUUUGUCGCCCCCCUUAAGCAAGCUGAAGCUGGUGCAUUCAAAUCUUGAGGAUGACCCUGAAGACAUCAGGUUGGAGUUCAUCAAGUAUUUAAAAAGCAUAAUCAACUCAGUGUCUGAAAGCAGAGACCGGGAAGAGAUGUCAAUUAUCACCUAAGCAGCCUUCCUCUGGACUCUUCCACGUCACACAUGAGGUCACCUUGUUCCCCAGGCAGAUCUGGGAUCUUACCCAGCUACUGAUGUGACCUUCUCCCUGUGGCUGUAGAAGAGAUUUUCCUUAUCUACUGUCACGGUCGGGUCAGCCAGGGAGUUGAUCUGGGGGUUACAAAUCAGUUUGAGCCAGUAGGCGAAUUUGCAAAUGCAGAGCCCAUGAAGGAGGGUCAAUUGUACCCUCAUUUGACAUCAAAUGUGGUCUAGGUCCCCUCCUUAUCUAGGAGGAGGGGAGCAUGAGAUUUAGACCAAUUAUGGAAAAUGGAAGACUAUCAUUUUUUCCCCAUAUCUAAGGUGUAGGACUUAAGUGUUGGACUCUACCUCCCUGUUAUUUAGAGGAAUAGAAUGGCAGCUCCACGAGGGGGCGGAUUUUUAUCUGUUUUGCUCAUGCUGUAUAUCGUCCGCAGCAAGAACAGUGUAGCAUGACGCGUCAGUAUUUGUUGAAUGAACUAAGCAAUGAAAACCACCUUCAAACCAAUACACAGGAAUUAAACUUCUGAAUCAU